GCCACCCUUCUUUGAGCUCCACGCCACCUUCUCCUUCAACCCUUCUCUUUCUGCGAUAUAUAAAGCGAAAAUCGCCCCCAUAUUUCGGUCAAAUUCCCAACGAAACACUCCGAAAACCCACCCCAAAAUCUCCAACUUUCCAUAACGGAGACGCGAAGCUGCGGAAGGAGCCGUAGCAGCCAGCUGCGCAGCCCGAUGCCGAUGGCGGUAGUAGGUCCCGCAUCGCCCCCGACGGCGGACAGGGCCCCGGCGGCCGCGGCGGCCGCCCCACUGGUGCCAAUGCUGCCGCAGCAGCAGCAGCCGCCGGCGAUGCUGGCGGCGGACGCGCUGGCGCGGGACUCGGUGAUGGCGUGGUUCCGCGGCGAGUUCGCGGCGGCCAACGCGAUCAUCGACGCGCUGUGCGGCCACCUGGUUCAGCUCGGCGGAGGGGGGACGGAGUACGAGGCGGUGUUCGCGGCGGUGCACCGGCGGAGGAUGAACUGGAUCCCCGUGCUGCAGAUGCAGAAGUUCCACUCGAUCGCCGACGUGGCGGUGGAGCUGGACCGCGUCGCGUCGAGGAUGAAGAAGGCGGCGGGGGGCGGCGGCGAGAAGGAGCCGGAGGAGGGCCUGGCGGCCGAGGAGGAGGAGGAGGAGGUGGAGCAGGCGAAGGAGGAGGACGAGGCGCGCGCGGUGGCGAGAAACAGCGAGAGCAAUUGCGACGGGAGCGCCAACGGCGAGGUCAUCGACGUGGAGGAAGAGGAGGACGAUUCGCCGGACAGCGACAUUACUGAUUCAGGAUCCCAUGAGAUGCAGCCUGCACUGGAGAACCUCGAGAUAUGCUCUAACCAUGAACUCUGCGAAGCCCGAGCGGCUCAAAUCAAGCUGACAAAAGGUUUUACUGCCAAGGAGCCAGUGAAAGGGCAUAUGGUCAAUGUCGUGAAAGGGUUGAAGCUAUAUGAGAACGUUUUCACCGAUUCAGAGCUCUCGAAGCUGACAGAUUUCGUCAAUGACCUCCGUGCAGCUGGUCAAAAUGGAGAACUCUCAGGUGAGACCUAUAUUUUAUUUAACAAGCAAAUGAAGGGGAACAAACGAGAGUUAAUCCAAUUUGGGGUCCCUAUUUUCGGACACAUACAGGAGGAAGGAACAUGCAACAGCAAAGCAGGUAACAUAGAGCCGAUUCCGGCACUUCUGGAACGUGUCAUAGAUCAUCUGGUCGAAUGGCAGCUAAUACCGGUUUACAAAAAGCCGAACAGUUGCAUCAUUAAUUUCUUCGACGAGGAAGAGUAUUCUCAGCCUUUCCUGAAGCCUCCUCAUUUGGAUCAGCCCAUAUCAUCUCUUCUCCUCUCUGAUUCAACCAUGGUUUUUGGCCGGUUUCUUGUUAGUGACAAUGAAGGCAACUAUAAAGGACCACUCAUGCUUCCAUUGAAAGAGGGGUCUCUAUUGGUGAUGAGGGGUAACAGUGCUGACAUGGCAAGGCAUGUAACGUGCCCUUCUCCAAAUAAGAGGGUCACCAUCACAUUCUUCAGGGUCCGACCAGACAGCAACCAAGGCCAACCAUCGAGUCCUCUUUCUGGCUCCAUGACUCUGUGGCAAGCAGCCAACCCGAGCCCUUUCGCCAUGCCAAGCGUAGGUCUCGGUGCUUACGAGGCAGUUGACAUGAUGCCUAAGUGGGGAGUCCUCCGAGCACCUGUGGUAAUGCUGGCCCCGGUAAGCCCCAUGGUUUUGAGCCCCAAAAAGAUCCAGAACGGUGGCACUGGUGUUUUCUUGCCGUGGGCUUUAGGAGCACGAAAACCCACCAAGCAUCUUCCGCCGCGUGCACAGAAAGGACGGCACCACAUAGCAGAGUCCUCUUCUACAGCCAGCGUUGGCUGUGAAGGGAAUUUGGUUUCCACUUAAUAGCUUCACGCCUGCUCUCAUGAGUCCUCCCUUCGAUGUACAAACUCGGGGCCUAGGUGCUGCUAGAAGAGCGUUCUCUCUCUCUUGUCCAGUUCCAUCUUCCUUCCCUCUGCGGUGGCUGUGAUGAUCGGACUAGGCUCUAGUUGUCGGUCCUUGUAUUUUCCUUUCUUCUCCCGGAUGCAACGAAAUGUAGAGGCAUGGUGUUAGUUCCGGUUUUGGAUUUUCUGAGCGUUGAAUUAGCUUUGUGGUAGGAAUUUUCUAAGUUAAAAAUGGUUUUGGUUAUCAUCGCUUUUUUCUUGUUCAAUAUUGAAUAUGAAGUCUGGAGUGCAAAAUUUUCAUCUCACUCUGAAUAUGAAGUUAUGCUGUACUUUACGGUGGUAACGUGAGAUGAUUCUAAGUGAUUACUUCGGCUUUC